CGGUAGAAGGAGUUCAACAGAUUCAAAAUUACCAAUCCUUCAUCUUUUCUCUAAAGCAACAAUGGGCUUGUUUUCGUCGUCAGAGCCCCCCUUGACCGAGGCUAAUCUUAGUGACCAAAGUGGCAAGACAUUCCUUGUGACUGGUGCUACCUCAGGAUAUGGCAUGCACCUAGCAACCAUUCUCUAUCAACAUGGUGGUAAAGUAUAUCUUGCUGCUCGCAAUGCCUCCAGAGCGCAAAGCGUAAUCGACGAUAUCAUGGCACGCUAUCCUGAAUCUAAAGGGCAAAUUGUCUACUUACAUCUCGAUCUCGGUGAUCUAUCGACUAUCAAAAAGUCAACCGAGGAGUUCCUGGCGAAGGAAUCCAAGCUCCACGUUCUCUGGAAUAAUGCCGGCGUGAUGAUCCCUCCACAAGGAUCCACAACGGCUCAGGGCUAUGAGCUUCAGCUUGGCACGAAUGUUCUCGGCCCAUUUCUUUUUACCAAACUGCUCUAUCCAGCUCUUGCCAGAGCUGCAGCAGACUCUCCUCCGGACUCAGUCCGCGUGGUAUGGUUAUCCUCUUCGGCAGUGAGGAUGGCCCCUAACCCGGCGAUUGAUUUCUCGAAUAUGGACUACCACAAGGACGAGGGAGCGUGGACAAAAUACGCGAGAAGCAAAGCCGCGAAUGUCCUGCUAGCCGUGGAGUUUGCGCGGCGCUCUGAGAGGGACGGUGUCGGCAGCAUCACACUCGAUCCAGGCACUGCAAUGACCGACCUACAGAGAACAAUGCCAUGCUGGCAACAAGCUGCCGUUAAACUAGUUGCACAACAACCAGAAGUGGGCGCUUAUACCGAGCUGUAUGCCGGUCUUCAGCCUGAUAUCGAAUCCGUUAAGUCUGGAAAAUGGAUUGUCCCUCCGGGAAAGGUGGUAGCAGGUCGCAAAGACCUCUUUGAUCCAGAGUUGUGUGAGAAGUUUUGGAAAUGGAAUGAGGAGCAGGUCCAGUCGUACUUGUGA